AAGUUCAAAUACAUAUGUUAUAUUUUUAUAGUUCCUUAUUACAUAUUUAUAUCGUAUUCUGGGACGCAUAGAGUCAUUUUUAAGGGUGGAAUCUAGCUUAUGUAUUCUGGUAUGGUAUUUAUACAUCCAUCAAUCAAGUGGACCAGCUGUUUACAUGAAGGUUGAUGGAAUAUUAAAAUUGCACUGAAUUUAUAUUAUUCCAAUUUUAAUCGACAGGAAGGUGUGUAUGUGUCUCGGUGGCACAAGGGAAAACUGAGUUAUAUAAUUCACCGCGAUACAUUAUCGUAUUUUCACCCAGUAAUCCUGCAGAUGAAUCUAUGUAGUGGCUAAUACGUUACACAUUGGUUUGCUAUAAAGGUUGUCAACUACUGUGGAUACGAAAAUGAGGAGUAUCAGUAGCUCUAGUCGCUCCAUGAGCGUGAGCCGAAGCAUUAGCAUCGAUCGCGAUCCUUCGAGUUCAUUUUCAACUAAAAAUAGAACUGAUGAAACGCGCCAUCAUUCAGAGAGUUCUACAGACUCGGCAACUAUGUUACGUACUAGACGACCUCGCUCCGAUUCACGAGGUUCGUCAUCAAUGUCAUACUACCGAUCAAGGAGCCGUCACAAACGAGACGACAGCAACGAGUAUCAUAAAUAUAGGAAUUCGCGUGCACUGAGAAGGCGGUCGCCAAGUCGGUCAAGAAGUCGGCAUCGCCGAUAUUCAGUGUCACCUUCGUACAGCAGGUCUCAUUCACGUGGACGCCAAAGUAGGAUGCAUUCGAAGUCACGAAAUUCGCGUAAAGAGAUGCGUAGAAGGGAUAAGAGCGUUGACAGGUAUCGACAUCGUGGAAGCACAUCAUCAAGGGAUAGUAGCUACUCUCCCCCAAGGCAACGGUACAGGCGUGAUUACUCAAACGAACGGCGUAAUUCACGCAAAACUAUCAAAGAUUAUAGAAAAUCGGAACGUCAUAACAUAAAGGAUCAGAAGCACCCCAAUGUCAAUAAUCGUCAUCCUGAACACACUUCGCAGAGAACACAUAUGCGAACAGUGAAAUUAGGCAAACAAAGGGUAUCAGAAUACCGCAAACCUGUACACCAAAGCACCUCCCACACAUACAAGACUAAUCACACGCCAUUCUUGCUGCGUGUUUAUGCAUUCCUUGGAGAAGCAAACGACACUGCCGAACUGUUCAAGCAAGACCAAGGGAUGUUCCAAAAUUCAAUAGACACAUUGGAAUCGGUCGAAAAAUUAGAAAUUUAUUUAUGGGAAGAUAAUACGUUAUGUGAUUUAGUAUACUUAAUCAAGGAUCUGUGUGAAGCUUCUAGAUAUAAGGAAGGUAUAUGGACCUUCACCCGCAAUGAUGCUACACAGGAGGUCAUAGGUUCUGUAGACAUGAGUCGAAUGCCAUACAAAACUUAUCCGGUGACUCUCCGCAGCGUUAAUUUUCGAAUUGGCCAGUCACUGCUGCUCCUUUUUCAUGGUGGUGAAAAGGAGCCCACGGAAGGUGCACAUGGCUAGACAACUAUACCAAUAAUAGCCACAUCACAUUAAUAU